AUGUAUAUCAACCAUGUAAGAGAUGAAACGAUGAAUCCCAGAAUCGAUGAACAGCCAAUAGGAUUGGAUGGCAAUAGUCGAAUUCUGAUGGCAAACAGGAGCAAUCUGACGGAUCCGGAUGAUGAAGAGCAGUGGAUUGGUAGACACACCCGUCAUGGAGAUCGUCGCGCUCUUCCACCGCUUCGUGAGCCUUUAAUAAUGGCGCGAAGUCAGGCUUUGGCUCUUGCUGGAAUGCCAUCGGAGGCUUAUGAGGGAACCUAUCGCCCUGUUCCUGAAGGAAAAUCGUUGAAACUUCCCUUCAGCAGAGAAGACGAUACUCGACCAGCAGAUCGUUUGGUCGGGCAAGCUCUAGGACUUGGCCGGUGA